AUGAAUAAUUUUUUCUUCGUCUCACUUUUGAUACUUAUCGGUUUGAGUGCAGCUUUUAACAUUGAUGAUAUUACAUCUCAUAAUCAUCAUCAUUUAAAUCAAAUUUCUCCAAUUAAUGAAAAACAACGUAUAUUUCAAAAUGCUAUGAAAAACUUUAUUAAUAUGAAAAGAAGUGAAAGUCAUAGUAUCGAUGAUGAAAAGCAGCAAUAUCCAUUAUCACAUACAAAAACAUCGAUCGAAUCAAUGUCGGCCGAUUCAUCUCUUAAAUUGCCUGAAGAUUUUGCUUGUCUUGAAGCUUGUAACACAUGUAUUGAAGAUUAUCCAGCAGCUAUUAAAUCAUCAGAGGAUUGUGGUCCAGUAUGCGAAUGUGCUAAUAGCUGUUCUUAUAUGUCAAUCGAACAGAUUGAUAUAAUUUAUGGUCAAAGCGCAUCACGACGAGCUGGCAAAGGUUGCUUUUUAAAAGUCUAUGUUCAACUACUUAACAAUAUGAAGAAUACUCAUCACAUUAAAUAA